ACAACACAUUGAACAGCACCUCUACAUGUCUUCACUCUCACACUCUCCCAGACACAAACGCGCAAGGAGCUUGCUCUCCCACAACACACACCUGGAAAACAGACCUAAACGCACCUGGACUAUCUUGUAACUGGAUGAUAUUGUGUUGGUCCAUUGUAACACAGCUAUCAUGUCUAUCGUAGUGUAUUUCAGCAGUAUCAGCGGCUCCAGAGAGCUGAAGCAGCAGCAGAGUCAGAUCUUUUCCUUCCUGGACUCAAAGAAGAUCAAGUACCAGGCUGUGGACAUUACCCAGGGGCCCAGUGGCAAAGAGGAGAUGAGGAAGAAAGCAGGAAACCCCACUGCUUUGCCUCCACAAAUCUUCAACGGGGACAAAUACUGUGGGGACUUUUCUGCAUUUUAUGAGGCAGUUGAGGCUGGAAAAGGAGAAGCCUUUUUCAAGCUGUAGCCGAGGAGCUGAGUCCAUUCAGAAGAGUUGAAGAGGAUACUGAGUGACUGAAGGACAUUUGAGUUUCUAAAAGAAAACACAUACAGUUGUCUAUUAAAGCAAAAUAAACUCCUUACAUUUGUUCUCUC